ACUGCAGAUGGAGACCAGGGAGGACAAAUCCCUGCAGCAGAACCUCGUGGAAGAGGCCGUUUUGAGCGGCUCCAAGGGGCAGGAUCCAAUAGGGAGGAAGUCCCAAAGGGAUCCCCCACGUGGAAAGGCUCCAAACCCAUCCCAGGGUGCUCUGAGGAGAAAAGACCUCCCCUGUGCUUCAUCCAGAGAUCCAACCUGGUGGUCCACAAGCAGCUUCAUGGCGGGGAGAAGCCCUACAGGUGCUUGGAAUGUGAGAAGAGCUUCAGCUGCAGCUCCCAGCUCAUCCCCCAUAUAUGCCACCAUAUGCAAAUGUCUGAAUGUGGGAAGAGCUUCAGCCUGAGCUGCAACCUGAUCCAGCACCAGAAGAUUCACACCCAGGAAUGGCCCUACAAGUGCUUCAGGUGUGGGAAGAGCUUCUGCCAUAGAUCCAGCCUGAUUGACCACCAGAAGACCCAGAGUGAGGAACAGCCCUACGAGUGUCCUGAGUGUGGGAAGGGGUUUCGGACCAGGUCAGAUCUCCUCAGGCAUCAGAAAACACACACGGAGGAGAGGCCCUUCUGCUGCCCUGACUACGGGAAGGGUUUCAAAUGUAACUCCACUCUCACCAUCCACCGGUGCAUCCACACCAGGGAGAGGCCCUACGAGUGUCCCAAGUAUAGGAAGAGCUUCCAUCAGAGCUCUGCCUUGACAUCACACAAAUGGACCCAUCUGUAAGGGGAGCCCUGCGAGUGCCCCAAGUGCAGGAAGAGUUUUGUGUGCUUUUCCAACUCCAUCCCCCAUGGAUGGAACCUAUCAUGGAUAAUCUCCAAUGACUCCUGUUGGGCAGAGACCUGAUGACCCCCAUUCUGGAUGAUCCCCUUUGAAAAGACACCUGGCUGGUGAUCUCCAUGUCCUCCUGGUUCCCCAUAGGUACCUGGAUGAAGGCAGGGGCAGGAACCUCCACCAAGACUCAGAAUGACAUCAGGAAUUCAUUCAGAAGAGUGGAUUUGUUUACUUUAGAUCCCAAAAAGUCUCAGCUCUUCCAUUCAAGCCUUUCUUCUUGUGGCAUCAAGCAAUGUUGGAUGGUCUUGGAGGUCUUUUCCAACCUCAAUAAUUACAAGAUUCUGAUUCUCGUUGGCCAUGAGUGUCUUCCACAGCCAAAUGCUGAUGGACUGGGGCAAAGACCAAGAUCUGGGUCUUGGAAAACCUGGAAACCCCUCUAACAGAGGCUCUUCCAUGCACUGAACCCAACCCCAUGAAUGUUCUCAUGAUGCUGACAAGUAACUCCUUUUAUUUUGAGCUUGAUUUCUUUUUGAUCCAUUUUCAUCCCUCAAACAUCUAAAAUUGUCAUAAAAAUAAAGACAUUGAACAAAGGCAUCUAAACCAAAUGAUUUUACUGUCACUGGGGGAAAAAAAUUAUGGCUUGGGAGGAUUUGGGGUGUUUGUAGUAAUUGGAGGGGAAUUUUCCCCAAAACUGGGGCCACACAGGCCAGGAUCAGAGAAUCACAGAAUUAACCAGGUUGGAAAAGACCUUUGAGAUCAUCAAGUCCAACCUAUGAUCCAACACUGCCCUGUCACCCUGACCAUGGCACUCAGUGCCACAUCCAGUCUUAAACAGCUCCAGGGACGGUGACUCCACCACCUCCCUGGGCAACCCAUUGCAAUUCCCAAUUGCCCUUUCUGGGAAGAACUUCUUCCUAAUGUCCAGCCUAAACCUCCCUUGUGCAGCUGCAGGCUGCGUCCUCUU